UUUACUCCUGCCCACCCGCGGGGCCUGAGAGUGACCCCACCUGGGACCGAAUCACUGCAGUGGGCAGGGGUCCUUAGGUCAGGGUUUGGACACUCCAGCCCUCCUCUGGCCUCCAGCUGGGAGUCCCUGGCGCGCGCCAGCUGCACUCGCGGAGGGUGCCCCACAGCUGCCUGUCGUCUCCACCCCCAGCUGUGAGGCCAAGACUCCCCCAGUCACGGAAGGCGCCCUACACCUGCUGCCGCCUUGCCCUGUCUCCCCGCAGCUGCGGGGCUGAACAUCCUCGUGACGGGAGACCCGCGACCAGGGCAGGUGUAGGGCGUUCCCGCGCCUCCCUAACACCCUGCUCUCCCAGGGUCUCCUCUGCCGGUCUGUGAUGGGGUGGAGAAAGAUCACGUGGAGAUUACUUGGGAGCCCAAGUAAAGCUGUAGCUCCAUUUCCUAGCCUGGCAUCCUCUUUUGGUAAAGCCCUUUCAAAGUGGGAUGCAGCAGGGCAGACACUGCACUGAAUCUUUAGAGCAACCCCUCCGAGGAAUAUCAUUUUGUACCCCUCAGAAGUUCCCUAAUAGGCCCAUUCUUCCGUUUAUUUCCCCCAGUACUCUGACAUUGAAAGGCUGGUGAGUGCUAGGCUAAACUGCUAAAGUUCACUUGGGUUUGGGAUACCCAAGGAACUGGGCUACUGCCCCCAAACCCUGGUCAUGAGAGACACCACCACCUUUAUAGGCAAAGGGCUGGAUAACCUCAACUCUGGGUUUCUGCAUGAUAGUUGUCCUGAUCAGAUCUAAAACCUAAAGGCCAGGAUCUGGCCAUCCCUCAAUGGACCCCAGGGGCAUCUUGAAGGCAUUUCCCAAGCGGAAGAAAAUUCAUACCGAUCCAUCAUCAAAAGCACUUGCAAAGAUUCCCAAGAAAGAAGAUGGAGAAGCAGGAGAGUGGCUGAGCUCCCUGCGGGCCCAUGUUGUGCCCAGUGGCAUUGGGCGAGCCCGGGCACAGCUCUUUGAGAAGCAGAUUAUCCAGCAUGGUGGCCAGAUAUGUGCUGCCCAGGCCCCAGGGGUCACUCACAUCGUGGUAGAUGAAGGCAUGGACUGUGAGCGAGCCCUCCGCCUCCUUCGACUGCCCCAGCUGCCCCAGGGCGCUCAGCUGGUGAAGUCCACCUGGCUGAGCCUGUGCCUGCAGGAGAGAAGGCUGGUGGACACGGCAGGAUUCAGCAUCUGUAUCCCCAACAGGUACCUGGACCAACCACAGCUCAGCAAGACAGACCAAGACUCUUCUCCUCUUCGGGGAGCCCAUGAGGCUCUGCUCAGGACAGCCCUCUCUUCUCCCCCUCCUCCCACCAGGCCUGUAUCUCCUCCCCAGAGGGCAGAAGAGACUCUGAGCAUCCAAGCCCAGCCUGGCUCUGAUGAUGAAACCAGUGAUGGGGAAGAGACUCAGGUUAGCGCAGCUGAUCUGGAAGCCCUUAUCAGUGGCCAUUACCCCACACCCCUUGAGGGAGAUGGGGAGCCAAGCCCAGCCCCUGAGGGCCUGGAUAAGUGGGUCUGUGCACAGCCUUCGAGCCAAAAAACGACCAACCACAACCCCCACAUCACAGAGAAGCUGGAAGUGCUGGCCAAAGCCUACAGUGUUCAGGGAGACAAGUGGAGGGCCCUGGGCUAUGCCAAGGCCAUCAAUGCCCUCAAGAGCUUCCACAAGCCUGUAACCUCCUACCAGGAAGCCUUCAGUAUCCCCGGGAUUGGAAAGCGGAUGGCCGAGAAAAUCACAGAGAUCCUGGAGAGCGGCCAUCUGCGGAAGCUGGACCAUAUCAGUGAGAGCGUGCCUGUCUUGGAGCUCUUUUCCAACAUCUGGGGAGCUGGAGCUAAGACUGCCCGGAUGUGGUACCAGCAGGGCUUCCGGACCCUAGAAGACAUCCGCAGCCAGGCCUCCCUGACUACCCAGCAGACCAUUGGCCUGAAGCAUUAUGAUGACUUUCUGGAACGCAUACCCAGGGAGGAGGCUGCAGAGAUUGAGCAGACAGUCCGGGAAUCAGCUCAGGCCUUCAACCCUGGGCUGCUGUGUGUGGCAUGUGGUUCUUAUCGACGCGGGAAGGCAACCUGUGGUGACGUGGACGUGCUGCUCACUCACCCGGAUGGCCGGUCUCACCAGGGCGUCUUCAGUCGCCUCCUUGACAGCCUUCGGCAGCGAGGGUUCCUGACGGAUGACCUGGUGAGCCAGGAGGAGAACGGUCAGCAGCAGAAGUACCUGGGUGUGUGCCAGCUCCCUGGGCCAGGGCACCGACACCGACGGCUGGACAUCAUCGUUGUGCCCUACAGCGAGUUUGCCUGUGCCCUGCUCUACUUCACUGGCUCUGCCCACUUCAACCGCUCCAUGCGGGCUCUGGCCAAGACCAAGGGCAUGAGCUUGUCGGAGCAUGCCCUUAGCACGGCUGUGGUCCGGGACAGCCGAGGCCUCAAGGUGGGGUCUGGCCGAGUGCUGCCCACUCCCACUGAGAAGGAUGUCUUCAGGCUCUUAGGCCUACCCUACCGGGAGCCAGCUGAGCGGGACUGGUAACCCGUGGCUGCCCCACCUGGCCGUCCAGUGCUUGGCUCCUGCCUUGGCAGGCUGAACCUCACUACAUCAGCACCCCGGGCCCGAGGGAAAGGGCCGGCGCCGCUCCCAGGCUCUGUCCAGCCCUCUCCGGCUGGCCUCUCCCUCACUGCUGCCUCUGGUAGUGUUCUGGACAUGGCCCCCCUUGCCUCAUUUUAAGCAAGAACAGCUGCUGGUAUGAAGCCAGCUUUCCUGUGCUGAAGGCCCACCCCCCUACUUCCCUGCCCAAGGAGGGUGUCACUGCUAGGGGUGAUGUGGGGGCUGCAGGGGAGGGGCACGCAGCUGUAGCUGAGCAUCACCUCAGACCCUUUGGAGCAAGAGAACGAGCUGUUCUGCAUGUCCUCCCUCCAUCCAGCCCUCUUCCUGUGCAGCUGGAGGUGUGGGGUCGGGGCCACCAGGCUUGGGGAGGGUAGCAUUUGAAGGCCCAGGGGCCUAGUAAAGUGCACUUGACAUUCA